AUGACCGCCGCCGCCCCCAUCCCAGGCCCCCCCUACCCGUCGCGCAGGCCGGCGCACAUCCCUGCAAGUCGCCCCACUCCCCGCCUGGCCCCCUCAGGCCUCCGAUCAUCAAUUGGACCUUGCCGUCGACCAAGUCAAGGGGCUGGGAUUGGGCCCUCGGCGACGGCCGUGCGCGCCAUGGCGGGCAUGGAUCCGGACAUGGUGGUCGCCGGCGAGCCACGCGGCCCGCUGCUGGUGAUCGGCCCCGGGGUGCUGGGGACGUACCUGGGGAAGCUGUGGCUGGAGAUGGGGCACCAGGGCGGGGAGGACGCCGGAGUCGUGGGGCAGUCGCGGACAGAGGAAAGCCACGAGAGGUCGGUCCGGGGGCGUGGGGGAGGGGGGAAUGGUCUGGUCGCGUCGAGGAUGUGGUUUGAGUGUGUGAUUGGCGGCGUUUGGUUGAUUGAGGCGGUGGAACGUGAGGAAGCACCGGGGCAUCUGUGGGUGUGUGAAUGGAUUGCUCUUGGGAUACAAGAACGGCGCGUGUUGCGUGUUUGUUGCACGUUGAUGGGUAAGUUUGUUCGGCGGAAAAGCCUUGCCCGUUCGGUUCGGCCCGAGGCGGUGCUUAUCUGCAUCCGGCUGAUCAAGUCGAUGCUGGGGUGGUGUUCGAAUUCCGCCGCACAUGAACACAAAACGGGCCAGACCGGGGGUGCUGGACAGCAUCACCAUCUUGAAAGCCAAAUUUCAUGCUCUUUAGUGGGGCAUAAAGAACACCCCCUUUGGAGCAGUGUGGGGCACUGUGUCCCCUGGGUUCUUGUUCGAGCAGUGGGGUCAAGCUACGCGGAGUGCUUGGCAUGA